AUGGAUAAAAUAGAGAUUCUCAGUGAACCAAUUAAAUCUGUGUCUGAUAAAAAACUCUACAAAACAAUUCGUCUGGAGAAUGGAUUAACUGCUUUGCUGAUAUCUGACCCAAGCAAAGUAGUAGAAUCAUUGGAUACUAGUUCUAGUGAAGAGGAAAGUAGUGCUUCAGAAGGUACUGAAUCCGACAGUGAUGGUGCUCAGUCAAUUCAGUCAGCAUCUAGCGAUCAACACAACACAAAAAGACCUAACGAAUUUGAUGAAGAGAAACUGGCGGCAUGUGCACUAUGCGUCGGUGUUGGUAGCUACAGUGAUCCAGCCACUAUACAAGGCCUGGCUCACUUCGUGGAACACAUGGUUUUCAUGGGAAGUGAAAAGUACCCCAAGGAGAAUGAAUUUGACGCUUUCAUUAAGAAAAAGGGUGGUUCUGAUAACGCAUCCACUGACUGCGAAGUGACCACGUUCUACUUCGAGAUAUCGGAGAAGCACCUUGCGCAGGCGAUGGAUAUGUUCAGUCAGUUCUUUGUCAGUCCUCUAAUGCUGAAAGAGGCUAUGCAGAGGGAAAGAGAAGCUAUAGAAUCUGAGUUUGCGAUAGCUUCGCCAUCGGACUCUAACCGUAAGGACCAGCUUCUGUCAAGUCUGUUCCCCGAAGGUCACCCAGCACGAACCUUCACGUGGGGAAACUUGCGCAGUUUGAAGGAAGAUAUCAAUGAUGACGAAAAGCUCUAUCGGGCUGCGCAUGAGUUUCGAAGACGCCACUAUAGCGCGCAUAGGAUGACAUUGGCUGUACAGGCUCGUAUGGAUUUAGCCACCUUGGAAGAGCACGUAGUCAAGACGUUUGGUCAAAUUCCCACCAAUAGCCUACCCGCUGACAAUUUUAAGGACCACCUAUACAGUCCUAACAAUAUAACUAGCGAUUUUACUAGUAUAUAUCACGUCAAACCAGUUAGCGAUACCACUGAGGUACAAUUAACUUGGUUAAUGCGAUCCCUCAUAUCAGAGUACGAGUCAAAACCCCAUCAGUACAUUUCAUAUCUUUUAGGCCACGAGGGUAAAGGAAGCCUUCUUUCUUACUUGCGUAAAAAAGUUUGGGCUUUAGGUAUCUAUACAGGAAACUCCGAAAGCGGAAUUGACUAUACAUCAAUAUACAGUUUGUUUUCCACACAAGUGAUUCUAACUAAGGAUGGUUUGGAUCAUAUAGACGAGGUUUUGGAGGCGAUAUUUUCAUAUAUUAAUAUGCUGAGAAAAAUUGGACCAUCUGAAAGGAUAUUUGACGAAAUAAAGACUAUAGAAGAGACGAGCUUCCGUUUCGAAGAGGAAUCUCAACCAGCUGAGUAUGUGGAGUCGCUAGCGGAGAAUAUGCAAAAUUUACCCCCCAGACAUUACAUCACCGGUGAUAGAUUGUACUACAAGUACGAUCCUAAGGGCAUAACUGAACUAUUAGAGUGUAUGACCGCGGACAAAGUCAAUAUCAUGAUUCUCUCCAAUAAAUAUACUACACCCAUGACAUACGACGCCAAAGAAAAGUGGUUUGGGACGGAAUAUAAGAAAAAAGAAAUACCACCAUCAUGGCUCAACAGAUGGCUAAACGUAAAUCCAUAUAAACACUUCCAUCUCCCCGCUAAGAACAUAUACAUAACAGAUAAUUUCGACCUAGUACCGCCAGCAGUGCCCUAUAUAGAAGAAGCGGAGAGACUCGGUAUAGAUCUAAUGGCUAGCUCCAUGAAGGAUAUUAACAAGAAGGUAUCAGCUAGUCCGAAAACUUCGAAGAUAUUAAAGCAAGGGGAAUUGAUAGCCACUGUGGAGAAUUUCAGAUUGGACCAGCCGAAUUUGCUACGCAAAAAUCGCCACAUGGAACUGUGGUACAAGCCGGAUUUCAAAUUCCGGUUUCCAACUGCGUUGCUCUAUUUCUAUUUCAUCACUCCGCUCAGUUUGAAAUCUCCGAGAGAAUCGUGUCUUCUAGACCUUUGGACUGAUGUAUUGCAACAAGGGCUCAAGGAAGAGGUAUACCCAGCCAACAUGGCGGAUUUAUCUCAUUCGUUAUACGUCGGCGACAAAGGUUUAACACUAAAAGUUAACGGUUACAGUCAAAAUUUACAUCUACUCGUAGAAUUAGUGACUCAAGAGAUGCGCAGGAAUACGGAUAACUUAACAACGGACAUGUUUGAGGCUGUUCGUGAAGUGCGCGCGCGCACAUAUCACAAUGUGCUAAUAAAACCUCAUAAGUUGGCAAAAGACGUACGAAUGAAUGUUUUACUCGAACCGUACGUGUCGCCGCGUGACAAAGCCGUGGCUAUACAAAACAUCACCAUUGACGACCUCAAGGAAUUCACCAAGCUACUUCUCGACAAACUUUACAUGCAGGUUCUGGUACAAGGUAAUGUGCCGUGGACUGACGCCAUCAAGAUAUCAGAAAACGUUUUACAAAAUUUAAAAUGGGACGGACUACCAGAAAAGGAAUUGCCACAGAUAAAAGUGCACGAGUUGCCGUUAGGCGAGCGAGUGGUUCGUGUCAUGAGCUUUAACCCCGCCUCAACUAACAGCAUCGUCACCAACUACUAUCAGGCUGAUGUAGCGAAUAUAAAAGAUACAGCUACACUUGAAGUACUUAUGAUGCUAAUGGAAGAACCGGUCUUCGACGUGUUGCGUACUAAGGAACAGCUUGGCUACAGCGUGUUCAGCAUGUUAAGGUAUACCUUCGGAGUUCUUGGCUUUUCCAUCACCGUCAACACACAGAGAGAUAAGUUCAGUGUAGCGCACGUAGAUACGCGGGUGGAAAUGUUUUUGAAGAAAUUCAGUCGGGAUAUGCGGAGGCUGAAUGAAAAGUCCCUCGCCGCUGUUAAACAGUCACUCGUGCAGCUAAAGCAUACAACGGACUAUGAGCUUAAAGAAGAGGUUGAACGAAAUUGGAGAGAAAUCGCCGGCGGUGAAUAUCGUUUUCAACGACUAUUUUCUGAGGCGGAAGCUAUCGAGAAGGUGAAGGUAUCGGACAUCAAGAGCUGGGUUGAUAAUCACUUUUCAACAGGCAACCGUUCCAACUUUAGAAAAUUGUCUGUACAGGUUAUGGGUCACCUGCCAAAAGAUAGUAACGUGACUGAAGCAGAGGUAAAGGACUUAUCACUCCAGUAUCUAGACGCGUCCCAACCAGUGGGAGACACGGCUGAAAAUGACACCGACUUUAUAACAAAUAUAAAUGUAUUUAAUAAACAUCUACCUUUUAUACCGAUAGAAAAAGUCGAAUUAGCUCAAUGCUAA